GCCGUGAAAAUUGCAGUGCAAGAAAAAAACUAAUUAAUUACUUAGAUUUUUGUUUUUAUAAUGUUUCGUUCUGUAUUUUGUGUUGUACGGAAUAUAAGACCUCUCACGAUUCCCUAUUGCAAUACUGCCAGUAUCAUUGCAAACAAUUUUAGAAAUUUAUGUACCACCAACAAAAUUAACCUAACACCACAAUUGCCGAGUUUGAACAUUACCAGUGGACAUCUGUCAUCUAACCAGCAUGUAUUGACAAUAUGUAGCAAUAUGAUAAUUCCAACAAGAUCUGUUACAAAGUUUAGUUUGAAAAAGGGCAAAAGGAAAACAGUUAAGGCUGUAAUACACAGAUUCUUCCGUUUACACUGGGGUGGUUGGAUAAGAACUAAAGCCGGCAGAAAGAAGAGACUGUGGAAAAAAUCUAGUGCACAAAAGCGGCGUCUCCGUCAGCAUGUUCUCUGUAAUGCCACACAGAAUACACUACUAGAUAAAAUGGUUACUAAAUUUUGGAAACGUCCCAAAUAUUAUGUUGAUGACCCCUACACACCAUAUCAUUCAAGAGAAGAAUAUGCAUUUACACGGAAAAAGCCCUUAAUUAGAGAUUGAAAUAGAUUUGCCUGUCAAAUUAGUUUAAUAAACAAAUUUAAAUGUUAGUAGUAAAUAAUUACUUUCAAUUUAAUUUAUAUCAAUUAUUGUUUUGUCUUUUUAAGCUUUAGUGAUGAUUAAAAUAUAGUAUACAAGGUUAUAGAAUUUAUUCAGAUAUGCCACAUAAUACCUAUUUUAAAUGCAUUAACUUUACUUAAAUUAUAACAAAUUAAUUUUUACAAUAGGCAGAUUUGGAAAUAAAUGUAUGCCUAGAGCAAUGAUCAUUAUUACUACCCUCAUGUCUUUAUACAGGGACAUUUUAGGUGUGGGGGGUGCCCUAUUAUAGUAACAGAGAGAACCUAACAUUAACACACUAGAACCUUUUUUUUUUACUGUGAGAUUCCUACUCACUAAAAACUCUAAGAUGUCCCUCAUCCAACGCCAUGUGCCGGAGUCGCGGGGUCGAAUUUUAGUCUACCGCCACUCCGACGGCGGUGGCCCACUAGGGGCGGCUUGGGCCGCCCUUGCCUCCUGAUCGCUGUGUCCA